UUCUUAUUGACUAUUUUGUUUGACUGGGUAAAUUUAGAAGUAGUAUUGAAUUAUCGUAAUAAAAAAUACAUUAGGUUUAAUUUUGUAAUAAUAAUUUUAAAGUUAUUUACCGCGGUACUAUAGCCGUUGUUUAAGGAUAUGGGUAGCAUAGAUAGAGCUUGCAUAUCAGGAUUUCUUUGUCGUCUUUGCUCCGAAGUGCACAGAAUUGUAAUUCAUAUAUAUGGAGACCAGGGUAUGGAGCUGUGUUUGGUGGAGAAGAUCAACGGGUAUUCGCUAAAUACCAUUUCACCUACGGAUCUCUUGCCUAAAACUAUAUGUGAAACUUGUUUACGAAGAGUGGAGCAACAUUACGAUUUGAAAGCUCAGCCCGAUUUGUUAAUGCGCUUAACGCGAAUAAAGCAAGGAAACUUUAUUCGAAUUAAUCAGACCCAAAAACCAUUGUGUAACGUCGGCGAUGUUUCAAGUACAGAUGUUUCUGAAGAUGAAAUUUGUGAAACCAAUGGUUCUAGAUCAGAGCAAUCAUCUGUUCCGGACUCAAAUACAAUGACUAAUGCGGUGCAAAUAUCUACAUCCGUUUCAUCUCAAGUGCCAUUGCCUGGUAUUACGCAAGAGUUAACUGAACAUAAUCACCCGUCAUAGAAAUAAUUAUUUUAUGAUAUUUAAAACUAUUUAAAAAAAAAUACGUUGACGUAGUUGCAAACUUCCCAGAUCGAAAAUAAAACUACUAUUUUCACCAUCAAAUUACAAUUUUUUUUUUUAAUUGUGCUCGGCAAUGAUUCUGGUAGAGAGAACAAAAAAAGGUUUAGGUCAGAAUCUUGCAAGGCGCAUUCAUUAAGGUACUUGACCACCUUAUAAGUUUCAAAAAAUUAAAUUUUUUUUUUACAUUUUUUCAAUCCUUAUACUUUUAAAAAUCAUCACCUGAAACUGUUUUUUUAAAUUCGAAUUCUAACAAAGUGAAAUCAGUGAAAAUGUGCAGGCGCAUCCUGCACUCAUUACUUGCUGACUCAGCUGAAAGAAAAUAGCAAGUUUUAACUUUAAACGCGUUUUUCCAGAAAUGACUUUUUUUCGAAUGGCGGACACUUUAUCUCCGAAACUGCUUAGCCGAUUUUAAUGAUUUUGGUCUUGUUUUAUUUGUUAAGAUGUUUUGUAUGCCAAUUUACCACAUUUUGCAAAAAAAAAGUUAAUAAAGUAUUGCUUUUUAAGCAUAACAUUGUGAAAAACAGGGGUGUUUUCUUAACUUUUUUUCAAACAUCCGCCAUUUUUUUAUUAUUUUUUUUUUUGUCAGUUUGUGGUAAAUUCUCACGCAAGGAACCUUCCUUUUGAAAAUUUUGUUUCUCUCUUUUGUUUUAGAAUUACCAUUUCUAAGAUUAACUGUCCGCCGCAAGACAUGAUUUUCUUCAGGCCUCGACUUUGGCGCCUCCUGGAUAUAUGUUAAAAAAAGAAAUUUUAAUAAAUCAAUUUUUUUUGUAUUAUAUAAGCUCUAAAUAAAAAUUUAAAAAAAAAUUUAUUUUAAUAUAUUAUACAGAACAUGAAAAAAAAAUUAUUGAAUAUGUUGUACUUUUUAGCUUUCCAAGGUGGUCAAGUACCUUAAAGGUUGUUGCGGAGUCCCCCAUAUUCAGUUGCGCAGUUAUUUAUGUUAUUCGGCGUUUGUAAUUAUAAAUUUGCUGUGUAUAUAACCAACGUUUUUGUAAACCGGGAUGCGUUUCUCCGCCUCUCUCGCUGCUUAUAUUAAUGUAGGGUAAAUGCAAUUUAUGCAAUUUAAAAUUGUAUAUAAACAUGACGAAAACAUUCUUAAAGUAGUCGCCGGUCAGCCAGAGAAGUGGGAGAACGCAUCGCGGUGAGUAUUUGUUUAUUAUUUAUAUUUGUAACUAGCAAACCCGGCCCCCUUCGCUGGGCACACUAAAAUAGAAUAGAUAUGGUUUAGAACAGAAAAUAUAUGAUUUUCGUAUUA